CGUGAGGGGCGUGGUAAAGUGCACUUAACCAUUUCCCUUUUCUCAACUAUAUUACAUUUCGUUGGCAACACCAGUCGGCUGAUCGCGAUAUUUCAGUGAUUCGGCGAAUCGUAAUAGAUAAUGUAGCCCCCUCAGUCAUCAAUGAAAUAAAUUCAUCUAUUUUGUAUGUAGAUUGUAGGGUACUCGUUCCGAUUAAGUUCUUGGUUUUAUUACCAUAUUUGUGUGUAAACCUUUCUAGUUUCUCGUCUUGUUUAAUACUACAAAGCUUGUGUUGCCGAUUGAAUUCGUUCCCGAGUGUUGAUCUUGCGUUCGCAACCGCGACAUCCGGAAAUCCUCUUCUGCUUAAGGAAAUCAAUACCUAUUUAUUAUUAUUAUCCAGGUGAGUCACCAUUUUACUAAUGCAAGUAUUUCUCUACAAUUUAAAUUAUGUGCAAUAGUAUUUACUCUUUGAUCGGUGAGUUUAGUAUCCACAUAAGUAAUAAUUAUUGGUUGCUAAAGAAAAAUAAUGUUAAUUAUGUUAUACAUUAUAGUUAUAUCAAUCUACUUGCCAACAAUAGUUUACUAUUGUAUUUUUUAUGAAUUCAAUAAAUUUAAGGAAAACCAAUUAUUAAUAAUAAUAUAAUAAUAUAAUAUUUACAAGCAGCCUCUUGCAAUCAGGUCAGAACGACAAAUUUAAUGAGUUUUCUCCAUAAUUGAAAUAUUAAAGAGAAUAUCAGUUACAAAAUGUACUUAACAAAUGCAUGUUUGUAUAAAUACAUAUUUUUAAAGAAAAAAACUACUUAUUAAUUUAUUACUGGAAAAUUAUUGAAUACUUGGUGAAAUAGUUAAACUGUUUUGUUCUUCAAACUCAAACUGGUUUGAAAAUUUAAAGAACUUUAGGUUUUAUAAGCUAAAUUAAGUUGAGAUAAAAUAAUUUAUUUUAUUAUUUCAUUAAAUAGAAAAAUUAACAAAAUAAAAUUUUACUAUUCAAUAAUUUUAAUAUUUCAGUAAUCAACUGAAUUGGUAGGUAAGUAUAACAUUUUAUUGAGGUCAAAUAGUACCAUUAAAUGUAAACAAGUUUGAUUUUUUUAAAUAUGAAACUAAUGGAUUUUUUAUUUAUGAAUGUCCUAUUUUUUGUUUGAAUACAAUGGGAAUAUUAUAAAAUAUUUAUGGUAUAGAAUUUUAUAGUUAUAUUAUGUUAUUUUUUUAAAAAAUCUAAUUUUUAUAUUAUUAAUUUUACUUAGACUAACAGUUUAAUUUCCCUCUAAGUUGUACCACAAUAAAACUCAAUUACUUAAUAUUAUUAAUUAUUCUACAGUUAUUUGUAGUCACAUAAUACAAUUAUGAUAAUAAAUUAAUUAUUGUAGAAUUGUAAUGUUCUAUACUCAAAAUAGUUAUAGGAUGUAUAAUAAUAAUCAUAAGUGGACCAUCCAUUGCAUAGAAGUAUAAAUUGUUUUUAUUAUUAUUUAAUUGUCUAAAUGUCAUAAAUUAUUUUUUUCUUAAAAAAUUAAUUAAACAUAAUUACAAUAAAAGAAAAAAGAAAUAGAUUAUAUUAGUAUUAUUGUUUAUUGUAAAAACUUAUAAUUGUAUUUAUAAUCAGUGGUAUUGUGAUAGUUACUAUAAAUAAAAAAUUAUGUUGAAGUAUUAUAUAAAAUAUUAUUUUUAUAUUUGUGUCAAAUAUUAUAAAUAGGUAACUAGGUCAUACUACUGAAUAACACAUUUCACUAUUUUUAGAUACCUCUUCUGUUCUAACACACCCACACAGAUUUUGAUCAUGAAUCAAAUUCAAAAGUUUAAAAUGCAGGUAUAUACCUUUAGUUAACUAUAUUUAUUUAUUUUAUUUUAUUUAGAAUUUACCCUUUCAAUAUGAGUGUACAAGGGUUUGAGGAUCUUAUCCAGGGCCCACUUACUAGUUUUGUUCAGUUGUCCAAUCAAAUUGGUGGUGAUGUAUCCACUCAAGCAGCACUUGUGUUCAGUGCUUUUCAGUAAGUAACAUACAUAUUAAUUAUAAACUAUACACGGAAUUAUAAUAAGAUAUGAUAUUUAUUAAUAAUGGUCACAAUUUUCAGAGCUGAAUUACAAUUCAUAAAAUAUGCUAGUGCAAAUAGUGCACCAAGUGACAGUGAAAAACAAAAGUUAUUACUUCCAACAAGUACAAAAAUCCAAGAAAUCCAAACACUCAGAGAGAAAAAUCGUGGGUCUCCAUUUUUCAAUCACCUUAGUGCCAUCAGUGAAAGUAUAACUGCUUUAGGUUGGGUUGCCGUGGUGAGAAAUAUUCUGCUUUAAAUUACUAUAAUCCCUAGUCAAAAUAUUUUUAAAACAAUGUUAAAUUUACAGUCCCCUACUCCUGCUCCUUAUGUUAAAGAAAGCAACGAUACUGGUCAAUUCUACACAAACCGUGUGCUCAAAGAAUGGAAAGAAAAGUAUUUAUUUUCUACUAAAUUAAAAUUAUUUACUGUUACUGAAUACUUUUAAUCACUAAUAUAGGAACAAAACUCAUGUUGAGUGGGCUAAAACUUGGGUACAACUUCUGAAUGAUCUUCAAGCCUAUGUCAAACAAUAUCAUACAACUGGACUUGUUUGGGCAAAAACUGGAUCAAAACCAUCUAGUGGACCUGCUCCACCACCACCACCAUGUGGUUUGCCUCCAAUGGAUGAUUUGUGUUUAGCUCCUGCUGAUCCAGACGCUACUAACCGUUCAGCCUUAUUUGCAGAAAUUAAUCGCGGUGCUGAUGUCACUAAAGGUAAACUAAUAUAAUUAGAAAUAAUUCAAUUUACUUAUUGACCCAUUUUGCUUUAAGGUUUAAAAAAAGUUUCAUCUGAUAUGCAAACACACAAAAAUCCCAACAUGAGAGUGAGUGGACCAGCUCCUGCUAAUGUUGGGCAUUCAUCUGUUUCGCCAGUUACUAAACCGAUUGUUGAAAAACCUCCAGUAUUUGCACGUGAUGGUAAAAAGUGGCUCAUUGAAAACCAAAAAAAUAACACUAAUCUUGUGGUUGACGGUGCUGAAAUGAAUAAUGUGGUUUAUAUAUUUAAAUGUGUUAACUCUACAAUCACAGUAAAAAACAAGAUUAACUCUAUUGUUAUGGAUUCAUGUAAAAAGUCAUCUGUGGUAUUCGAGUCAUUAGUCUCAUCUGCUGAAUUUAUUAAUUGUCAGUCGGUCCAAAUGCAAGUACUGGGUAAAGUGCCAACAAUAACUAUAGACAAAACAGACGGCUGCCAAAUGUAUUUAAGCAAGGAUUCGUUAAACACAGAAAUUGUGACAUCCAAGUCAUCCGAAUUGAAUGUAAUGAUUCCAAAAGUAGAUGGCGAUUAUUCUGAACAUCCAAUACCCGAACAGUUUAAAACAACAAUUGGUCCAAAAGGUCUUAAUACCAUUAUUAUUGAAGCUUCGGGUUAAAUAAUACAAAUUGUAAUAUUUAUCGAGAACAUUAAGUUAAUGAAAACUAUUUAUUCUUACAGCAUUUAUUAUAUUCUUAGUAUUUUGAUAUUGAUGUUGAACAUCCAAAAUUAAUUUCAUUAUUUGGUGUAUACAUUUUUAUGAAUACCGAGUAAAAUUAGUUUUUAACAAUUUUAAUAGUUAUAUUAUGAUUUGGUAUAAAACGAGUAUAAUUAUUAUUCUUUCUGUAUUUAUAUACAAAUUAUUUUACUCAAUAAUUAUAACUAAUCUUUUUCAUUACUAAUAACCCCUUUUUACUAAACAUUUGUGAAUUUAAAACUGAGUUACUAUUAUUAAUUAUAUGAAUUCCUCUCAACAAUAAUAUUAUAUAACUGAAACAAGUUAUUGUGAUAAUUUUAUAAAAAUAAAGUGAAAUAUUAAAUAUAUUAAAUAUCUUAAUGUAAUUUUUUUUUUUUAACUUAAAUUAAACGUUUUGAAUUUUUUUACUUAUUAUCAUUUACAUUAGAUGGUAUUAUGUUUAUUUAUUUAUCAAUGUAGUUUAUGCAAAUUAUUGAUUUAUCGCUUUCAUUAUCACUUAGCAUUUUAUUUAACCUAACUUUUAAAUUUAUUUAUUUAUGUUAUUAUUCUAAAUAACCAACUUAUAAUUAAAAAUAGAAAUAUAGAAAUAUAAUUUGGAAAAUGUUUGAAACUAAUUAGGUAAUUUAUUGUAUAUAAACAAACAAGUGAAAAUUGUAGUUAAAUAACAGUUUUGUAUGCUCCCUAUCUUUACACAAAAUAUAAAUAAAUAUUUAAAAAUAUAUUUGU